CGCGCGCUGGGGAGCCCGGCCCUCGGCGCGCAGGUCUGCGGGGACCCAGGCCAGAGGGGACGCGCGAGGUUUCCAAAGCGCCGCGCCCCGGCCUGCGCCCCCCGCCCGCCCCCGCAGCCCGCGGCUGCCCCUGUGCGCUCGGGCCGGCCCGCGCGUCCCCACACACAGCUGGAGCGGCUGCGACGCCUCGACCCCCGUUGGCGACCUUCGGUAGCGGAGCGGCCGGGCCUGGCGGCGGUGGCGCGUCGCGCGGGGGGCAGGGCGGGGCCGGGCCUGGGCCCCACGGCGCGCAGCGGGUUAAGGCGCGGGGGCGGGCCUCGCUGGCUGGGCUCGCGGCUCUUUGUUAGCGGGCGCGUCCCGAGCUGGGGAGAGGCGGCCGCGGCCUGGGGCGGCGCGGGAGGGCGCGGGAUGGCGCGGCGGCGCGGGAGCGGCCACAGCCCGGCCUGAGCGGAGCCCGGAGCCAGCGGGGGCGCCGGCCCCGACGCUGCCGGCACGCGAAAAUGUUGGAGAUCUGCUUGAAGUUGGUGGGCUGCAAGUCCAAGAAGGGGCUCUCCUCGUCCUCCAGCUGCUACCUGGAAGAAGCUCUUCAGAGGCCAGUAGCAUCUGACUUUGAGCCCCAAGGUCUGAGUGAAGCAGCUCGUUGGAACUCCAAGGAAAACCUUCUUGCUGGUCCCAGUGAAAAUGACCCCAAUCUUUUUGUUGCACUGUAUGAUUUUGUGGCCAGCGGGGAUAACACUCUAAGCAUAACUAAAGGUGAAAAGCUCCGGGUCUUAGGCUACAAUCACAAUGGGGAAUGGUGCGAAGCCCAAACCAAAAAUGGCCAAGGGUGGGUCCCAAGUAACUACAUCACACCAGUCAACAGUCUGGAGAAACAUUCCUGGUAUCACGGACCUGUGUCUCGCAAUGCUGCUGAGUACCUGCUGAGCAGUGGAAUUAAUGGCAGCUUCUUGGUACGGGAGAGUGAGAGCAGUCCUGGCCAGAGGUCCAUUUCGCUGAGAUAUGAAGGGAGGGUGUACCACUAUAGGAUCAAUACUGCUUCUGAUGGCAAGCUCUACGUCUCCUCAGAGAGUCGCUUCAACACUUUGGCUGAGUUGGUUCAUCAUCAUUCAACUGUGGCUGACGGACUCAUCACCACUCUCCAUUAUCCAGCCCCCAAGCGCAACAAACCCACUGUCUAUGGCGUGUCCCCCAACUAUGACAAGUGGGAGAUGGAACGCACGGACAUCACCAUGAAGCACAAGCUGGGAGGGGGCCAGUAUGGGGAGGUGUAUGAAGGAGUGUGGAAGAAGUACAGCUUGACAGUGGCUGUAAAGACCCUGAAGGAGGAUACCAUGGAGGUGGAAGAGUUCUUGAAAGAAGCUGCAGUCAUGAAAGAGAUCAAGCACCCUAAUCUAGUACAGCUGCUGGGGGUCUGCACCCGGGAGCCCCCUUUCUAUAUAAUUACUGAGUUCAUGACCUAUGGGAACCUGUUGGAUUACCUAAGAGAGUGUAACCGGCAGGAGGUGAAUGCUGUGGUGCUGCUGUACAUGGCCACUCAGAUCUCCUCAGCCAUGGAAUACCUGGAGAAGAAAAACUUCAUCCACAGAGAUCUUGCUGCCCGAAACUGCCUGGUAGGGGAAAACCACUUAGUGAAGGUGGCUGACUUUGGCUUGAGCAGGUUAAUGACAGGGGACACCUAUACAGCGCAUGCUGGGGCCAAGUUCCCAAUCAAAUGGACGGCGCCUGAAAGUCUGGCCUACAACAAGUUCUCCAUAAAGUCUGACGUUUGGGCAUUUGGAGUACUGCUGUGGGAAAUCGCCACCUAUGGCAUGUCACCUUACCCAGGAAUUGACCUGUCCCAGGUGUAUGAGCUGCUAGAGAAAGACUACCGCAUGGAGCGCCCGGAAGGCUGCCCAGAGAAGGUCUAUGAACUCAUGCAAGCAUGUUGGCAGUGGAAUCCCUCUGAACGGCCCUCCUUUGCGGAAAUCCACCAAGCCUUUGAAACAAUGUUCCAGGAAUCCAGUAUAUCAGAUGAAGUGGAAAAGGAGCUGGGGAAAAAGGGCAUGCGGGGGGUUGCAAGCACUUUGCUGCAGGCCCCAGAGCUGCCCACCAAGACAAGAACCUCCAGGAAAGCUGCGGAACACAAAGAUCCUACUGAUGUGCCUGAGACACCCCACUCCAAGGGCCUGGGAGAGACGGAUCCUCUGGACCCUGAGCCCACUGUGUCUCCGUUGCUCCCUCGAAAAGAACGAGGUCCCCAGGAUAGCAUCCUAAGUGAAGAUGAGCGCCUUCUCCCCAAAGACAAAAAGACCAACUUAUUCAGCGCCCUGAUCAAGAAGAAGAAAAAAACAGCUCCAACCCCUCCCAAACGCAGCAGCUCCUUCCGGGAGAUGGAUGGGCAGCCAGAGCGCAGAGGAGCUGGGGAGGACGAAGUCCAGGGUCGAGAAAUCAGCAACGGGGCAUUGGCUCUCACACCCCCGGACACAGCGGAGCCAGCCAAGUGCCCUAAGCCCAGUAGUGCGGCUGGCGUCCCCAAUGGAGCCUUCCGGGAGGCUGGGGGUGCAGGAUUCCGAUCUCCCCACCUGUGGAAAAAGUCCAGCACACUGACUAGCAGCCGGUUAGCAGCCAGUGAAGAGGAGAGUGGCGGCAGUGCCAGCAAGCGCUUCCUGCGGUCCUGCUCUGCCUCCUGUGUGCCCCACGGGGCCAAGGACACAGAGUGGAGGUCAGUCACGUUGCCCCGAGAUCUGCAGUCCACAGUAAGACAGUUUGACUCAUCCACAUUCGGAGGACACAAAAGCGAGAAGCCAGCUUUGCCUCGAAAGCGGGCGAAUGAGAACAGGCCUGACCACAUGGCCAGAGGCACAGUCACACCCCCACCCAGGCUGGUGAAAAAGACAGAGGAAGCGGCUGAUGAAGUCUUUAAAGAUGCAGCUGAGUCAAGCCCAGGCUCCAGCCCCCCCAAUCUAACCCCGAAACUCCUCCGGAGGCAGGUGGUGAUGGUGUCUUCCUCUGGUCUUCCCCACAAGGAAGAGACUGGCAAGGCUAGUGCCUCGGGGAUACCUGCAGCUGAGACAGUGCCUCCUACCAGCAGAGCAGGGCCUGGUGCAUCCGGAGGGGCCAGUAAGCCCCCCAGUGAGGAUUCCAGGGUGAGAAGGCACAAGCCCUCCUCUGAGUCCCCAGGGAGAGACAAGGGGAAAUUGUCCAAGCUCAAACCUGCUCCACCACCCCCACCUCCGACCUCCAUGGGGAAAGUGGGAAAGCUGUCUCAGAGCCCAAGCCAGGAAACAGUUGGGGAGGCAACCCCCAGUGCAAAGGCAAAAUCUACGACUCUGGUUAUGGAUGCCUUGAACAGCGAUGCAACCAAAUCCAACCAGCUGGGGGAGGGCGUCAAAAAGCCCGCACUCCCAUCUAUGCCAAAGCCACAACCCUCCAAGUCACCAGGGACCCCAACCAGCCCAGCCACUGCUCCCUCCACAGUGCUGUCAGCAUCCUCCACCCAGACAGGGGACCAGCCCUCCUCCACUGCCUUCAUCCCACUCAUAUCAACCCGAGUGUCGCUUCGGAAAACCCGCCAGCCUCCAGAACGGAUUGCCAGUGGUGCCAUCACCAAGGGCGUGGUCCUGGACGGCACCGAGGCGCUGUGCCUGGCCAUCUCCAAGAACUCAGAGCAGAUGGCCAGCCAUAGCGCAGUGCUCGAAGCAGGCAAAAACCUCUACACAUUCUGUGUAAGCUAUGUGGAUUCCAUCCAGCAGAUGAGGAACAAAUUCGCCUUUCGUGAGGCCAUCAACAAACUGGAGAACAAUCUCCGUGAGCUUCAGAUUUGCCCAGCAACUGCAGGGAGUGGCCCGGCGGCCACUCAGGACUUCAGCAAACUCCUCAGCUCCGUGAAAGAGAUCAGUGACAUCGUGCAGAGGUAGCAGAAGCCAGGCACCAGGCCAGCUGAAGCGUAUAAGGGGCACCCCUUGUGCCCACGAGGGUGGCUGACCCAGGAGCUCUGUGCCAGGUAGAGCUGAGGGCCGCUGUGGAGUACAGCCUUACUACCUACAUUGUGCACCAACUGUCCUCCUGCACUUUCCUCCUCCCCUUCAGCCCAGGCUCUAUGAACCACUCCUGUCCCCAAGUUUAAUCUGUGGAAUGCCCACUCUGUGGACUGCUGUCAGCUGCAGGGACCCACUGCCCCUUCCCUCAUAGUGCUUCAAAACUCAGCUGCUUGGGCGGGAUGGGAGGACGAACAGGCAUUUUCCUUUUGUUUCUGGACAACCUCCUCUUGGUAUAUCUUCUCCAUUUUUCCCAAGAACAAGGCCUUCAGAUGGGAAUCCUGUCACCACAGCCUUGGGAACCGUCACCUUCCUGGAACCCGCGCAAUCUCGAGCCUCUCAUGCUGAAGACACGAUUCCAAAACUGCACCCUAAGAAGCACUGCCUGCUGGUGCCGUCCCCCACAAACUGCCCCAGGGCUGGUGCCCUCACCAUCUGCUCAGAUGAAGGACAGCCCUUCACUUGGAGGGCUGGAAGAGGGGUGCGAAGUCGGGUGCUAAAGCCACCUGCCUCUGGUUGCCAGAGCAGGCGGGAAAGCUGAAGGAACCCAUGGGGUUGUCAUAUGUCCUUAUCAUCCGUUCUUCAAGUCCCCAGACCCUCGCACCUCAGUCUCAUGACAUGCAGCACCACUCCCCGAGGGUAAGCUUGAGUCAGAAGGGUGGCAGUGUCGCUCUCCAGCACCUGGGGGCAGGGGAAUGUAGCUGGGGAGCAGCCGAGCUGGCCCAGGGCUGAGCCUCACUAAGGUCUCCUUCCUUUCACAUUUCCAAGUGGUCUGGAAAAGUCUGGAUUCUGACCAUGCUCUCUACCCCCGCACCCCCUUCUCCACCUCCUGUAUACCUCUAAGACAAAUUACGUUCUUACAGGAUCCUUAUCUUUGUGACAAGCCAGUCUUCAGUUCCUUGAAGUUUGAAGCAUUUCAAAGCUUUGCUGUCAGCACAGCCGCCUCUAAUACAGAAAGGAAGCCACUGUUGGGUGCCAGCUGCAAACAGGAGCAGGAGGCUGUGGGUACCAAAGCCCUGGCAGUGUCAGCUGCUCCCCUACUAGGCACAUGUCUUUAUUUAAUUAGCACAAGCAACUCCUAGCUGAACGUUUUUGUUGGGUCCAUCAGGGGUGAAGAGAACACAAACAAGUGAAACCCCACAAGGUGUUUCAAAGAACUGGUCUUAGCGCAACACUCCCUCCCUCCAUUCACCCCCCAACCUGCUCAGGACCAGGCAGAGGUGUGGAUGCUCAGGGCAGGAGCCUAGGCUCCAUGACCUUGACCUAGAGGAGUUACAGCCAAGGGAGUAGGCACCCACGUGGGCCUCACACCAACCCAGAAACAACCCCUGGGGAAACCGCCUACGCCUGCUGGUGACCUCACACAGGCCCUGUCUUCACUCUGAUCAGCUCCACUUUGAUUGCUCUGGCAGAGAUGGUUUCUUCUGACUCAUAUGGUGGCCUCAGAGCAAGCACCUCUCCUGUGCCCCAGCCCCGCAUUGCUGUGCUCACGGACUGAGGGGGUGCUAGAACACCACCAAUGGCCUUGCAAAGCAAUACAGAUCUAGCCCAGUCCCCUGGACGGCCUGUUCUAGAGGUACCAGUCUCUCGCUCACACGAUGUGCCACUAUAUCUGCAUUUAUACCUUGGUAUCACACUCUUUUAUAGACUCGCUCUUUUAUAAAUGAAGUGUAAAUACUUUUCCACUGUCCUUUUUUCUGGAAUGCCUAUUGAGUGUGUGAGUGUGUGUGUGUGUGUGUGUGUGUGUAUGUGUUUGUGUGAGAGUGUAUGUGUGCGCUUUGAUUUUUUUCUUUCUGGCCCAAUACGUUUUGUUUCUGUAUAUGACUCUGUUUUUUUUGAAUCCACAUCUCUCCUCCGUAGUAUUUUUUAAAUAAAUGUUUACAACAUUAGAACUUGG